CAACAACUUCAGACACCACACAAGCAGAUCGAUGCUGACCCUCACUUCAAGAGGGUGGUAUCCUACUUCAGGCCUAGCGACUAUGUCUUCUGGGGAGGCGCUACUGCCGCCUUUCCCAGCUCGCUCUACCUCAUGGAAAUGUGGGACCCUACCAGGCCUCCUCGCGGUGGUAUGUCCGCCGCGCUGAGGCUAGGCACAUUCCUAGGAGCAGCUGGAGGAUUCUUGUUCGCAUACCAGAGGUCGUCCAUGCGUCUCUGGGGCUGGACAGAAAACGAGCCAGAAUUGAAGCGGGCAAUCGAGGAAGGACCAGAGGCAUUUGGAGACGUGACAAAGUCCAGUCUGGACCCAUAUCUCCAGGGUGUGGCUCACAGGAAUUCCGUUUGGUCGCAAUUGAAGUUUAGCACAAUGCCCUGGUUCAACGUUGUUAACCACGGCUACCAUGGUCCCCCGCCGGAGGAGGAGUAA